AUGAAAGAAUUAAUUUCCGGCCGGCAUUGUCGAGAGAAGCUUCGUCAUUGCGCUUUGAUUCUAGAAGUUUUUCAAGCUAUUUGCAGGGUUUUGCAAAAUGUCCUUACCACGUGUUUACUUCGAUGUAGUUGCCGAUGGUGCUGUUUUAGGAAGAAUUGUUGUAGAGUUAAGGACAGAUGUUACUCCUAAGACAUGUGAAAACUUCCGCGCUCUUUGUACUGGCGAAAAGGGCUUCGGUUACAAGGGCUCCACUUUCCACCGAGUGAUCCCCAACUUCAUGUUGCAAGGUGGUGACUUUACAAACCACAAUGGCACUGGUGGAAAGUCCAUCUACGGUGAGAAGUUCGCUGAUGAGAACUUCGUCCUGAAGCACACCGGCCCUGGUGUACUCUCGAUGGCUAAUGCUGGCCCCAACACCAACGGGUCUCAAUUCUUCAUCACUACUGUGAAGACAUCCUGGUUGGAUGGGCGACACGUCGUCUUCGGAAACGUGGUUGAGGGCAUGGAAGUUGUCAAGCAAGUUGAGAGCCUCGGUUCCCAAUCUGGCAAACCCUCUAAGAAAGUUAUCAUCGCUGACUGUGGCCAGCUUUGCUAAGCUAAUUGAAUGUAAUAUUUAAAAAUGCAAUAUUUUAAGUUCUAACAUAAUGUCACUCAACUACCUUUCCAUUCAUGAAGAUUUUACAUUUAAAUAUGGGUCAUUCCAAUGUUAUAAAUUUAUAACUAUUUUUUAGGUCGCAAACUAGUAAUUGCAUUUAUUUCUGCAUUGUAUAUUCAUAAUAAAUUAACUUAUAUACUUGUUUGCAUUUUCAAUGUGUGUAAUAACCAUGAAAUUUAAUGGAGAAUUGUUUCCUAAGUUAUGAGACUGCCUAUUAUUGCUAAAUGCUUGUAUUUUGUACUUGUUACUCUCGAUUGCUGUGUAAUGCUAGAAGUAGUGUAAAACAUCAUUACAAAAGUACUCACAUUUAUUGAAAUAAAGGUAGUUCAUAUA